CAAUCUCAACAAAUGUUCCACAGAAAACCAAGCAGAAUAGCUUUCUCUGCGACCAACCAUACUCCAUUAGAACCUCUCGCUUUUCUUUAAUUUUGAAGUUAUUACACUUCACGCGUUUUGUGGGAUCGAAGUUACACCAAGAACCGCGUUUUCUUCUUCUUCUUCUUCUUCCACUACUUCAAAGCAACGACCUUUUCAAAUCACUUAAUACAUACAACAACAUCUGCCCUCUGUUGUUGUCCUCAUCCCCUGCUUUUUUUUUCCCCUUCUUCUGAUAACAAAGAAAAAUGGAAAUAACGUUAUUGUUAUUGGCACUUCUCUUCAUUGGUGGCCUUCUUAAAAUAUACUUCUGCAAACCCACCAAGAAAUUCAAUGAUUGGCUUCAUUUUUUAGUCCCCAAAUGUUCUUCAUCUUCAUCAACAGCAUCAACAUCCCCUGUUUCAAUCACCAAUACUACUAGUCAAGUAAUCUCAGACAAAGAAAGGAGCAGUAGUACUAGUGAGCUGAAGAGGGUUUUCGCAACUUUUGACAAGGAUGGAGAUGGGUUUAUAACAAAGAAGGAGCUCAAAGAAUCACUGAAGAAUUUGAGGAUCAUGGUGUCAGAACAUGAGGUUGAAGAAUUGGUCACAAAAGUGGAUUCUAAUGGAGAUGGAUUGAUUGAUUUUGAUGAGUUCUGUAUUUUGUGUGAUGAGUCUUCUUUUCUGGGGAAAGAAAGUGGAGAUCAAAAAGGAGGAGGAGAAGGAGAUUUGAAGGAGGCAUUUGAUGUGUUUGAUAAGGACAAAGAUGGGUUGAUUUCAGUGGAAGAGUUGGGUUCUGUUUUGGAUUCUCUUGGGUUGAAGGAAGGAAGGAAGAUCGAGGACUGUCAGGAGAUGAUAAGGAAAGUAGAUAUGGAUGGUGAUGGAAUGGUCAACUUUGAUGAGUUCAAGAUGAUGAUGAUGAGAAGUGGAGGCAGCAGGCUUGUUUCAGUCUUCUAAGGCCAUUCAGUCUUUCAAGACCACACCCAGAAGACAAUUAUCUCCAUGGAUGCAAUGCAUAAUAAGAUUUUCAUAUCUUCAUUUCACAAUUAAAAAUUGUAUAUACAUCACUAGGACACACACAUACACAUGUAUGUUUUCAGUAGAAAUUGCACUCCAGACCCCAGCUCAUGUUUCUUCUCAGAUCUCUGAUGGUGCACAUUAGGAAGAUCUUUAUAGUAGAGGAACUAGAUAUCAUGUUUUCAUGUAUGAAUACAUACAUAUUUGCAGCAGAUGGAUGAGUUUUCUUUCUUGUCAA